AUGACAAACGUACCUGAAGUUUCAAUAAUAAUUCCCAUUCACAAUGGGGAACAGUGGAUAAAUGAGUGUUUUGAAUCCAUACUCACACAAGAUAUUUUAAAAACAAAUGGUAUUGAAAUAUCAGUAUUUAACGAUGCUAGCACGGACAGAACUUCUGAAUUGCUUCUCUAUUGGGAAAAAAAAAUUUCCAAUAUUAAUAAUUUAAGUCUUUUAGUUCAGCAUGGAAAUUAUGAUUACCCCAAAGGAGUGGGUUUUGCCAAAAAUCAAGCAAUAGCGCAGUGUAAUGGAAAAUAUUUAUGUUUUCAAGAUAUUGAUGAUGUAAUGCACCCUCAAAGAAUUUCACUGCAACUUUUAGAAGCCAAAAAAUAUUCAAAUGCUAUUGUGGGAUGUCAAAUUAAAAGAAUUCCCGAAAAUUCAACUCCUCGUUUUUCAACAUGGGUUAAUCAUCUUCCUCAAAAUUUAUUGUCGACUCAAAUAUACACAUCACAUGGUCCAACAGUAUUAAUGCCCACUUGGUUUUUUAGCAAAAAUUUGUUUAAAAAGGUAGGUUUAUUUUCUGAAAAAGGAAAAGGAACACCUGAAGAUUUGUUGUUUUUUUAUGCUCAUUUAGAUUUAGGUGGAACUGUUCGAAGAGUUGAUAAAGUAUUACUGUAUUAUAGAUAUCAUUCAAACUGCACCACUUUUUCUGUUUCAGAACAUUUUUCCAUCCAUUUUUUACAUGCUCAGUGCAUUAUGCAGGAAACAAUAUGGAAAAUAAGAUUAGAGCAUUUAGAAAAUCAAGUUUUGUCAAAAUGGAUAAAUUUUACAAUUUGGAAUGCUGGUAAACAGGGGAGAAAAUUUUAUCGUUCUUUAUCACCUUCAAAUCGUAAAAAGGUAACGCAAUUUUGUGAUGUCGAUUCAAAAAAAACGGGAAAAUAUUACGAAACCCACGUAAAUUCAAAUUUACUGGAAAAUAGGAAAAUUCCAAUCGUACAUUUUUCAAAAGUUGAACCGCCCAUAAUAACUUGCGUAAAACUUGAUCUCACCAAUGGAGAAUUCGAAAGCAAUUUAAAAUCUCUUAACAUGAUCGAAGGCAAGGAUUUUUUUAUAUUCAGUUAA